CAUUUCCCUAUUUCUCUGAUCUUCAGACACACAUCCUUAAAUUCAUUCAAUUAUUAGACUGGUACAACUUUUAGCUCUUCUCAUCCUUUUUUUUGAGUAUCCCUUAAUCUCCAGCCCAUAAAAACUCAAAGUAGCUAGGAGUAUAUUCAGCUAGCGUUUUCUUCAUCACUUCACCUUUCUGUUUUUAGAUAUACAUACAGCAAGGUCAAAUAAGGAAAAUGAUGGUGGUAGGAGCUGCAAACGGCGGCCGACGGGGAACGAGUGGCGGUGGCGGAGGUGGGGGUCAUUUUGAUGAACAUAUUCAUGAUGAUGAUGAGGUGGUGAACAUGAGCGGUGGCGGCGGCGGUGGUGGUGGUGCCGGCGGCGUGCCGCCAGGGUUUCGUUUCCAUCCGACCGAUGAAGAGUUACUGUACUAUUAUCUGAGAAAGAAGGUUUCCUAUGAACCCAUCGAUCUUGAUGUUAUUAGGGAAGUGGAUCUCAACAAACUUGAGCCUUGGGAUCUCAAAGAUAAAUGUAGAAUAGGAAGUGGUCCUCAGAACGAGUGGUACUUUUUCAGCCACAAGGACAAGAAAUACCCGACCGGAACUCGAACCAAUCGGGCUACAGCAGCCGGGUUUUGGAAAGCAACGGGAAGGGAUAAGGCCAUUCAUCAUCACCAUUCUUCUUCUUCUUCUUCCUCCUCCUCUUCAAAUGAUCACUCCUCCAUGAAAAUCGGGAUGAGAAAAACCCUAGUCUUUUACAUUGGACGUGCUCCUCACGGCCGGAAAACCGAUUGGAUCAUGCACGAAUAUCGCCUCCAUGACGAGAAUAACAACAACAUUCAUCAUCCUCAUCAUGAGCUAGAAGAUGGAUGGGUGGUGUGUAGGGUAUUCAAGAAGAAAAGCAACAAUGUCACUAUGGUGCCGUGCCCCAACUCAAUCCUGAGGCUGCACAACACCCAGCUUGUUAUGGAGCUCCACAGCUUGCAAAAAGAGUUCAAUGCUAUCAUCUUCCGCAAGCUUGGUGCCGAAUUCAAUGGCAUCAUCGGAGCUUUGCAGCAGCGAUCCGAACCCCCCUCCUAUCAAGAUCUCCUUGUCGCCACCUUCUCCUACGCCGCCUCAAUCCUCUCGUGCCGGUCGCUCGCAACGCGGCGGCCGCCGCAAUCAGGUUUUUGGCCGUGGUGGUGGUCGGCGUGGGUACACCCCUCCCGCCCCGGCUGUAUCUCCAAUGAUUAUACUGGUCAAAGGCAUGCUCGUUUAGGGCACCCUAAUAAUGUCACUCUUCUACACCAUCCUCCGCCGCCACCUCCUCCUCCUUCUUCCCUUCCCCCUCCUUCCUCCGGCAAUGUUGUCGGCAAUCGAUGGCUCUAUGAGAUUAAGACCCAUGCUGAUGGCUCCAUUGAGCGGUAUAAGGCUCGCUUGAUGUCACCACAGGGGCAGCACUUCUGGUUUGUGCAAGCUAAUGUUCUGUUGUCCCGUUUGGAUGUUAAUAAGCUUUGUCAAUUUGAACAUACCUCUGCUCGCCAGUGCAUUUCCUGUUUAAUCAACUUGAAAAUCACUUCAACUGGCCUUCUUUUAUCAGCAAAAACUGUAAAUUCGACAGACCAUCUUCAUAGUGAAAAUCCGAACAUGGUUAUUCUCCACUCGCACCGCCCGAUUGCAAUUUUGAUUUACCAUGGAAUAGGAACCAGUGAGCAAUUUGAUUUAUUUCAUGGUCAUGUCAAGAAGAAGAAGAAAAGGAUCGUGAAGGGCCAAGCACAGUCCCUCCCGGGCAACCCUCCUUCAAUCGAGUGUCCUGUUCUCGAGGAAUUUGCUGCCCAACUGAAUGAGACUGAUAGCUUGCGGCUGAUGAGCGCAGCUUCGAUGGCUUAUUUAGUGCAGUUGAGGAAACUUCGAGAGGAUCUGGCAGCAGCAAGGGCAAAAAGGGAUGAGGCGUUGUUUGAGAUGAGGUUGAUUAGAUGGCUUCCUCCUCCGCCGGAAUGGAUGAAGGUCACUUUGACGGCAGUUUUGACUGUGAAAAUGCCAUGA